AUGGUUACUAAACGCACGAAACAGAAGUCUACACAAGGAGAGUCGUCUUCCCAAGCCGAGCCGGUUGAUCUACGGGCACAGUACAACGCCCCCUUCACCAUCCUCGACGAACGUGAGGGGAAAAUUUACUCCCGGCUCGCCAAGAAAGGAGGUCCUCAAGUCGAAGACGCUCGACUUCUCAUUACUUUCGGAUUUGGGCGUUUUGGAGACGGUUGAGCAGUACUUGACCACGCUUCACUUGUGGAGAUAUGCCGAUGUUUUCCAUCCGACUUACCGGAACCUGACACUCGAGUUCUUUAGUACUCUUGAGUUCCGUCCGAAUGCUUCUGGAUCUGAUUCUUUGACCUUUCGGAUGCUAGGGACCCGUCGGGUCAUUGGCAAUAAAUCCCUUGAGACAGUUUUGGGACUUACGGAUGACGGCUUCUCGACAGUAUUCGGUAUGUCUAUGGCUAGUUUCUGGCCCGAACUCUCUCCCGACACUGUGUGGGACCCACAAGGCAUGCCUAACAGCCUCAUCGAGCACGGUGCGAUUGCCAUUAUGCACAAGUUCUUGUGCUAUGGUCUCCUUGGCAAAAAGGAGGCCAAUAAGGUCACGCAGGUUGACCUUUCCGUGCUCUGGGCCAUGAUCGGGCGUGCGGAUCUGAAUGUGCGCAAGUAUCUGAAGGAGGAGUUUCGGGCAGUGCUUCGAAAUAAGAGGGCAGCUGCCUGUUUCGGUCACGUGGUGACAGCUUUCGCUCUCAAUCUCGGUGUCGAUCCGACGGCUUCGGGCAGUCCUCCUGUUCAGAUGCGGCGCAUUGACGUAUUUGAGCUUCACCAUUCGGGUUUGAUCUUCGACCGACGCACUUUCGUGGUCUAUGAGCAGCGCCAGGACUACUCCACGUACAUGAGGAAGUUGGAGGCUGCUGCUUCCGCUGCACAGACGAGCUCAUCUCGUCCUCAGCAGGCGACCGACGAUACUCAUCAGGCGGAUGAGAUGGACCAUGAUCAGACCGUUCUCGACGAUAGUCGUCUUCUUCUGCCUCCCUCUGGUUGGCAGCCUGCCCCUAAGCCUGACAUACAGCUGAACAAGGAAAGAGAAGCAGGAAGAGUAUUUAUUGGGUGGAGCGAGGGCAAGAUUGUGUUCGCGCCCACAUACAAGUAUUCCCACAAUUCUGAUUCAUAUGCUGGUGAGACCACCAAGUCCAAGAAGAAAAGGAGGACCCCUGCAUG